AUGCUUGGCAUAAAAUUAGCAAGGACAUCGCCGCACAGACCCCAAAGUAACGGUCUGGUGGAAAGAUUGCACCGACCAUUGAAGCAAGCUUUGAUGUGUUACAAAUCCGAUUGGUUUGAAGCACUUCCAUUAGUGCUGUUGGGACUCAGAUCUACGUUACGUGAAGACCUUGGCGCGUCCGCGGCACAGCUGACUUAUGGGUCAACUCUACGGUUACCUGGACAGUUGUAUGAAGAAAAAACUUUAUCUAAUAUGCCUGACUACGUUGCACGUCUUCAAAGACUGAUUAGCUCGCUAAGUCCAUCUACUCCUGUUCGGCAUGGUCAACAACAGAUUUAUAUCCCUAAAGAUCUGCAAAACUGUACACAUGUUUUUGUGCGCUUAGAUGCUGUAAAAAAGUCAUUGCAGCCGCCAUACGAAGGGCCUUAUGAGGUCCUAAAGAGAAUGGACAAGAACUUUUUGAUUUCGGUGAACGACAAGGAAAAGAUCGUUCACAUCGAUCGCUUAAAACCAGCAUUUUUAAUUGCUGGAGAUUCCAAUCCAAGGACUCCUGGAGUUAUAACAAGGUUUGGCCGCAAAGUACGUUUUCGUCUCCCAAUGGUCUUGUGA